AAAAGCAUGUCUUGGGAAGGUGGAGAUUCAUAAGGCCAAGUGAGACAAUCUCUAGCCUUGCUAUUUAUAUUGUUCAAGAUGGAGUGUGGCAUGCAAGAUCGCACUGGCAAGAGAUUAGACGGAAAAGUUGCCAUUAUCACCGGCGGGGCAAGCGGCUUUGGGGAAAGCACCGCCAGGCUGUUCGUGCGGCACGGCGCAAAAGUGGUUAUCGCCGACGUGCAAGACGAGUUAGGGCAGGCGCUCUGUGGGGAGUUGGGGGAGAGUGAUGCUUUGUACGUGCAUUGCGACGUCACCUGCGACGCCGAGGUUAAGAAUGUCGUCGAGGUUGCUGUUUCCGCGUUCGGCAAGCUCGACGUCAUGUUCAACAACGCCGGGAUCACCGGGAACGUGGAGCCGUCAAUCCUAGGCUCCGACGACGAGAACUUCAAGAGGGUUUUGGAGGUGAACGUGUUGGGGGCGUUCUUGGGCGCGAAACACGCGGCGGCGGUUAUGGUUCCGGCGAGAAAAGGCGCGAUCCUGUUCACCUCCAGCGUCUCGUCGGUGGUUUCCGGGGAGGCGCCGCAUGCCUACGCGGCUUCCAAGCACGCGAUUGUGGGGUUGACGAAGAACUUGUGCGUGGAGCUGGGGCAGUUUGGGAUCAGAGUUAACUGCCUCUCCCCGUGCGCCGUCGCGACGCCGCUGCUGGUGAAGGCCAUGGGCGUGGAGAAGAGCGUGGUGGAGCGGAUAAUUUCCGAGUCCGCCACCCUGAAAGGGGUGGUGCCCACGGCUGAGGAUGUGGCGGAGGCCGCUUUGUUCUUGGCUAGCGAUGAAUCUAGGUUUGUUAGUGGAGUGAACCUUCCCAUUGAUGGAGGAUAUAGUACGACCAAUCAGAACUACACCAACAAGAUCAAACAAGUAUUGUCUGAAUUGAGUGGAUAAUCCAAACCAAGGAACAAUUGACUUCAACUUUGAUGCAUUAGAUUGUUUAAUUUGUUAGCAUUUUUGGUUUGAACCAACAACUAGACCGAUUUACUUCUAUGUAGUAUUUAAUUUGUUACUUAAGGUCACAAGGCAAGAUUAAAUAAGAAUGCAUUUUGGGGUAACAUCGGUAGACUUUCAUUUAAAUCAAAGUAUAUAUUAUCCUGACUUAUGAAAGUAUUGU